AUUACAUAGAAAUUUCGGAUUAAAGCAUUUUCCAGGAAACUGUGAAGAUUUGGAUAUAACCUGCAUCCCAAAGGAAACUCCCCCCAUUAAUAGUAGGAAAACACUGCCCUACUCCUUAGCUCUGAAGUUAUUUUUUGACGCGUAUUCUACGCGCACUAUAGCACCUUCUCUUUCCAUAUUCUGUAUUUUGUUGAAUUUAUAGCAAAAUUUACAACCCAGAAAAUAUAUACACACAAUAAUAAUAAAUUAUUAAAUAAUAAAAACCCGGAUUUUUAUUUUUAUAAUUAUUUGCUUUUGUCAUUCCCAAUUGGCUGCCUUCUUUUUUUGCCCCAUCCAGGCCAACUAUUAGUAUAUAUUCAACUCUCUCAAAUUCGCUUCCCUCUCGCCCCUCUUCCCCGUUCUUUUCUCUAUCUUAGAUUUACUAUCCUUUUUUUUUUGUUAUCAGUUUUUAUUAUUAUUUUUUUUUGGCGAUUUUAGCCGGAAUUAGAUAUGAGUUAUUACAAUCAGCAACCCCCCGUCGGUGUUCCUCCUGCUCAAGGGUAUCCACCGGAAGGUUAUCCGAAGGACGCAUACCCGCCACCAGGGUACCCUCCACAGGGGUACCCGCCCCAGGGUUACCCUCAGCAAGGUUAUCCUCCUCAAUACGCACCCCAGUACGCCGCUCCUCCCCCUCAACAGCAGAACAAUAGUACCGGUUUCAUGGAAGGAUGGUCAGUUUCCUUUCUCUUACCAAUCCCUCUUUUUUUUUUUCUUUUUUUUUGGGUAUGCUUUUGUUAUCUGAGAAGCCACGAUCUGUGAUUGUUGAUUGGAUCUGUCUUUCCUUUUUUUUUCAAUUUUUUCCUUUGAAAAUUUUGCCAUAGUUUGAAAAUUGUUUAAUUCGCUGGCGAUCGCCAAUCACCGACGCGGAUAUAUUUUGUCUGGCCCACUUUUGUUUGAACUUCCUUCACUGCCCUCAGCCACCGAUCCUUUGUUUUUAACCUACCGUUGAGGUUUUUAUUUUUAUUUUUUUGUUUAACCAUUUAUCUUCAAGGAAAGUUUGAUUUUCACAUAUCUUAGUAAUCUGAUCAGCUUUCAAAGUCUUUAAAUUAUUUAUGAAGAAAAGCGUAGAUGGUGUUUGAGUUUUUCCCGGGGUUUCGGUUUUCGUUUGAGUUGUUGAAGCUUUGAUAUUUUAUCCUGCACUAAUAACCUGCUUGAUCUCUUCCUCUAUGCGAGAUUUACCCGGUGAACUAGUUAUUUUAGUUAAUUAUAACUCUUUUUUUUUUAUUCCCUUUUUGCGUACCUGCUAGUUAUGCUUAGGAAUCAGGACAUUAGAUGUUAUCACUGAAUACGGGAUUCAGAAUUUAGUAUUGUGUUGAAUCCUAAGAAGGAUUAGCCAAAAGAUAAGUCAAAGACACAUUUUCGAUGGUCUAGGAAACUGUGUGUCUUUAUGUUUGUUGGUUUAAAAAAACAGAGGCAUUCUUAUUUUAACAUCACCUGCCCUCCCACCCCACUCCCCAACCUAACAUAUGAAAGGGUUUGCUUCUUUUUUUCUUUUUUUUUUUUCCUCUUUUAAAUUUAGUGAAUAUAUAUAUGCUGGCUGCCUAAUUAGUUGCAACUAUUUGUGGGGUGCUGCGAUAAAUUGUAUUUAUAAGUGAAUUUGUUUUACUGUUUACUGAUUGUUGUGUAGAAAUCAUUGGACUGAUGGAUAAAUUUUCUGUGAAUGUGCAGUUUGGCUGCUCUGUGCUGUUGUUGCCUGCUGGACGCCUGCUUCUGAGUGGAGAUGUGUGCUAUGUUAGAACAGAUUUAUUUUGCGCUAUCCAGAUUUAAAGAUGAGGGAUAGUAGAACUUUGCAAACCUUCAUUUUGGUUUGUUAUGAUUGGAUAUAUGAUGAAAGACGAUUAAUUGUUUAUGUCUGACCCUCUGUUGGUGUCGUUUCUUUAGUUAAUGAUUUGCACUCUGCUUCUCAUUGUUCAUCUGAAUUGGCUUGUCUGCUUUUUCUUAAUUAUUAUCUUUCUUGGUUUGAUGCCUGCAAACGGUCAAAUUUCUUGGUUAUGGAUUUUUUUUAAGCCAUCUAGAAUAAUAUUACUACCAGUAGACAUCCUAAGACUUGCCGUUUAUGAAGGACUUUAGACUUGGGGGUGGUGACUUUAGACUUGGGGAUGGUGCCGUCGUGAAUGGAUAUUGUAUUUUCUCUGUGUCUACCUCCCUACAUCAUGCCUUCAUUGAAUCAUGGCUAUUCAUUUUGUCUUGGUUUGUCUUUGAAAUUGUCCCAAUGAAAGGAACUUGUGAGGUGCAAGUAUUAGCAGUGAAACUGUGGAUGUAGUUCCCCUUCAGUGGGACGGUUGUCGAAGCCUUAUUUUCAUGUUAGGAGUUCGUGGUAAUAUUGAUCCUUGAGACAUAGUUCCGAGAUCCAAUUUUCAUACUUCUUAACCUACUAGUUUACCACUUAACCACCAUGAUAUCCUGUGCGCCCGAGUUUAACCCGAAAUUGAAUCUAGGAUUACAAGGUAUCGUGCUUUUUUGAAUUUUGAUUGUAGCCAUCGCUGUCUGUGUGCGUCAUGCAACAUAUUGAUAGCUCCAUACCAACAUAAAGAAAGCGCGUUUUCUUGAACUCUUGUAGUACACAAACAUAUUAAGUAAUUUUUUUCCAGUGUGGCAGGAGGUUGGGUUGGGGGAAGAUAAUCUUAAUGUUGUCUGAUUACCCGGAAACGCUAAUUAUCAGUUCCCUGUAUGUUUAUCGGUUACCAUAAUUCGUAGGAAUCACAAUGAAGCAAUUGAAGUACUUGAAGUUGUUUUCUUGGAACUACCUAGUGAACUCUCGUGGUUUAACGGCAUUACAUAGGAUAAUAGAGGAAUAUUCUUUUCAUCCCAUUUCAAUAUUUGUUAAAACUUCAUCAUCGUAAAGGGGCUAAUAAAUAAAGACAAAUGGAGUUCAAAACAAGAAUGCAAACCUUAUUAAUUGAACUUCAUCAUUUAUAACAAACUCAUGUUGACACCAUCAAAGCAGACCAUCACCAACAGCCAAAAAAAUUAAUUUACUGUUUGAUGCAAUAAGCGAGAG